AUGUCGCUCCCCGUUCGCUCCUUGUCUCGAACGUUAGUACGGUGCUACGGCACUGUCCAGGGCUCACCCAGUACUGCUUCAUUGUCCAGCAUCCCCCUCACCCUAACCGAUGCCACGGGCGCUACCGCUCCCCGGACCAACUGGACCCGAGAUGAGGUCAAGCAGAUCUACGAAACGCCAUUGAGCCAACUCACAUAUGCGGCAGCCUCUGUCCACCGUCGCUUUCAUGACCCCGCAGCUAUCCAGAUGUGCACCCUCAUGAAUAUCAAGACCGGCGGAUGCAGCGAAGAUUGCUCGUACUGCGCCCAAUCAUCUAAACACGAUACAGGUCUGAAGGCCACUAAAAUGAGCCCCGUCGACGAGGUCCUCGCCAAGGCUCGCAAUGCCAAGGCCAAUGGCAGCACUCGGUUCUGCAUGGGCGCCGCUUGGCGCGACAUGCGGGGCCGCAAGACCAGUCUCAAGAACGUAAAGCAGAUGAUCACCGGAAUCCGCGAGAUGAAUAUGGAGGUCUGUGUGACCCUAGGCAUGAUCGACGAACAACAGGCCAAGGAGCUGAAGGAGGCCGGCCUGACCGCAUACAACCACAACCUUGAUACCUCGCGUGAAUUCUACCCCACCAUCAUCACCACUCGCUCCUACGAUGAGCGCCUCAAGACGCUCUCGCACGUGCGCGAUGCCGGCAUCAACGUCUGCUCUGGCGGCAUCCUCGGGCUGGGUGAGACUGACGCCGACCGCAUUGGUCUCCUGCACACCGUUUCCAGCCUGCCCGCCCACCCCGAGUCCUUCCCCGUCAAUGCUCUCGUUCCCAUCCCCGGAACUCCGCUGGGCGACCGCAAGAUGAUCCCCUUCGACCGCCUGCUGCGCACCGUCGCCACUGCCCGUAUUGUCAUGCCCAGUACCAUCGUCCGCUUGGCUGCCGGUCGUAUCGCGCUCUCGGAAGAGCAGCAGAUUGCCUGUUUCCAAGCCGGCGCCAACGCUGUCUUCACUGGUGAGAAGAUGCUCACUACCGACUGCAAUGGCUGGGAUGAGGACCGGGUCAUGUUCGAACGCUGGGGAUACUACCCCAUGAAGAGUUUUGAGAAGCCUGCGCUCCAGGUUGAUGCCACGGCUACUCCACCUCCUGUGAACGCCGAGGUUACUUCUACGCCGGUCGCAGCGAGCGCUUAG